GCUCGCUCCGCCUUUCUGCCCCCCACCCCCACCUCACUGGUACGGGCCAUUCCCGGCCAGGAAACGCCGUGGCGCCGCGUUGGGCCUAACUCGAGUCCUGCCGCCUCCCGGGAGUGCCGUGCGCCGCAGCCCGGGCCCAGGCCCCGGCAGCGCCUGGGACAAGGUCUUCAGAGCUACUGGCAGAUAAUUUUGGGGACAUCAUAUUCAGAGGUCUAUAUAAAGGAUUCCUCAUGUCCAUAACAUGUUGGCUGAGGCUCUGCAGCUCACCCCCACUCUCAGAGUGGUCAGUCUCCAUUAGUUGGACCCCGUGAUUUCCAAUUUCUGCUGUGUUGGACGUCAUGAGCAUUGCAAUCCCUCUGGGAGUCACCACACCAGAUACAUCCUACUCAGAUAUGGCUGCUGGAUCAGAAAAGGAAGUGGAAGCCCCCUACCUUUCAAGACGAAGUGGCACUACACCAGGAUGUGAAAGUCCAGCGAAAGAGACCCAAGGGGCCUAGGGGGCAGCACACCCCCAGAAGCCAAGUCUAUUCCAGGCAGUACCAGGGAUUAGGGUCUGGGCUGGAAAAAUCCUGGUGUUUUGAAUAUGUUCAGGUCCAGUUCAGACUCUUGAUCCCACAGCCACUUCUUGAGUGAGGGUAUCCUGUCUUGGUAGUGAAUGGAAGAGGGCCUGGUCCCUGGGGCAGUGCAGAAGGCACUUUCAUCAUCUCACUCACUGCAAAUGUCAUGUGAGGUUUCAUGGAAGUAUUAAGAGAUCCAAUUAAGAAGAAUAGUUCUGAGUCUAAACCAGCCCAGAGUGGCUUCUCUAGGGGAAACUCCCCGCUCAGCUGCCCUGAAUCUGUGGAGGCUAGUCCAGCAGUUAAUGAGAAGAGCGUGUAUUCCACUCAUAAUUAUGGGACCACUCAGAGGCAUGGGUGUCGAGGACUGCCUUAUGCUGAUCAUAAUUACGGAGCCCCUCCUCCUCCGACACCUCCUGCUUCUCCCCCUGUCCAGACGAUCAUCCCUCGUUCUGACCUGAAUGGCCUGCCGUCGCCCGUAGAGGAACGCUGUGGAGACAGCCCGAACUCAGAAGGAGAGACUGUUCCUACCUGGUGUCCUUGUGGUCUUUCUCAGGAUGGCUUCCUUCUCAACUGUGACAAGUGCAGGGGAAUGAGCAGGGGGAAGGUUAUUAGACUUCAUCGGCGGAAGCAGGACAACAUAUCAGGUGGGGAUAGCAGUGCAACUGAAAGCUGGGAUGAGGAGCUUUCUCCUUCCACUGUGUUGUAUACAGCAACACAGCAUACACCUACAAGCAUCACCUUAACUGUUAGAAGAACCAAACCCAAGAAGAGGAAAAAGAGUCCAGAAAAGGGUCGUGCAGCACCAAAGACGAAGAAAGUAAAGGCAUUUCGAGAGGGAUCCCGGAAGUCCUUGCGGAUGAAGAAUUCUCCCUCUGAAGCACAGAAUUUAGAUGAGAAUACAACUGAGGGCUGGGAAAAUCGGAUAAGACUAUGGACUGAUCAGUAUGAAGAAGCAUUCACUAAUCAGUACAGUGCAGAUGUACAGAACGCCCUUGAACAACAUCUACAUUCUAGCAAGGAAUUCGUGGGCAAACCUGCCAUUUUAGACACUAUUAAUAAGACUGAAUUGGCCUGUAAUAAUACAGUUAUUGGUUCCCAAAUGCAGUUACAACUUGGAAGAGUCACUCGUGUUCAAAAGCACCGGAAGAUCCUGAGGGCUGCAAAAGAUUUGGCUUUGGACACACUUAUAAUAGAGUAUCGUGGGAAAGUCAUGUUACGUCAGCAAUUUGAGGUCAAUGGGCAUUUCUUCAAAAAACCAUACCCCUUUGUGCUCUUCUACUCAAAAUUCAAUGGUGUAGAGAUGUGUGUGGAUGCUCGUACUUUCGGUAAUGAUGCUCGGUUCAUCAGAAGAUCAUGUACACCAAAUGCAGAGGUGCGACACAUGAUUGCAGAUGGAAUGAUUCACCUGUGUAUCUAUGCUGUGUCUGCCAUCACCAAGGAUGCUGAGGUUACCAUAGCAUUUGAUUAUGAGUAUAGUAACUGUAAUUAUAAAGUGGACUGUGCAUGUCACAAGGGGAACCGGAAUUGUCCUAUACAGAAAAGAAAUCCCAAUGCUCCAGAAUUGCCACUUCCACCACCUCCAAGCCUACCCAGCAUUGGAGCAGAGACCAGGCGUAGAAAAGCACGGCGGAAAGAGCUAGAGAUGGAGCAACAGAAUGAGGUUCCAGAGGAGAAUAAUGACCAACAAUCACAAGAAAUUCCAGAAAAAGUAACUGUGUCCAGUGAUCAUGAGGAAGUAGACAAUCCAGAAGAAAAACAGGAAGAAGAGAAAGAAGAGGUUGUGGAUGACCAGGAGAACCCAGCUCAUAGCAGGAGGACCCGGGAAGAUAGGAAGGUAGAAGCCAUCAUGCAUGCUUUUGAAAACUUAGAGAAAAGAAAGAAGAGAAGAGAUCAGCCCUUAGAACAGAGCAACUCUGACAUAGAGAUUACUACCACCACCUCAGAGACUCCUGUUGGAGAAGAGACAAAAACUGAAGUUUCUGAAUCUGAAGUUAGCAACUCUGCUUCAAACGUUGCCAUCCCAAGUACCCCACAAAGUGUUGGUGUGAACACCCGGAGGUCUUCUCAAGCAGGGGAUAUUGCUGCAGAAAAAACAAUCCCCAAACCACCUCCAGCAAAGCCUUCUAGGCCCCGACCGAAAAGUCGAAUUUCUCGGUACAGGACCAGUUCAGCCCAAAGACUAAAGCGUCAGAAGCAGGCCAGUGCACAGCAGGCAGAGUUGUCACAAGCUGCCUUGGAAGAGGGAGGAAAUAACAGCUCAGUAACUCCUACUGAAGCUGGAAGUAUAGACAGUUCGGGAGAAAACAGGCAAUUAACGGGGUCUGACCCAACUGUAGUAUCAGUUACUGGAUCCCAUGUCAACCGUGCCACGUCUAAAUACCCCAAAACCAAAAAGUAUCUAGUUACAGAAUGGUUGAAUGAUAAAGCAGAGAAGCAGGAGUGCCCUGUUGAGUGCCCUUUACGUAUCACCACGGACCCAACUGUACUGGCAACAACUCUAAACAUGUUACCGGGUCUUAUUCAUUCCCCGUUAAUUUGCACCACCCCCAAACACUACAUUCGCUUUGGCUCACCCUUUAUUCCUGAGAGGCGUCGAAGGCCCCUUCUGCUUGAUGGCACAUUCAGCUCCUGUAAGAAGCGCUGGAUAAAACAAGCCUUGGAAGAAGGGAUGACUCAGACAUCAUCUGCACCCCAAGAGACUAGAACUCAGCACCUAUACCAAAGUAAUGAGAAUAGUAGCUCUUCUAGUAUCUGCAAAGAUAAUGUGGACUUGUUGAGUCCAUUAAAGAAAUGGAAGUCUCGCUAUCUGAUGGAGCAGAAUGUUACCAAGUUACUUCGGCCUUUGUCUCCUGUCACGCCACCCCUUCCCAAUUCAGGCUCAAAGAGCCCCCAGCUGGCUACAUCUGGCCCAUCACACCCAGGAGAAGAGGAAUGUCGAAAUGGAUAUAGCCUCAUGUUUUCACCAAUCACAUCUCUUACUACUGCUAGUCGAUGCAACACUCCUCUGCAAUUUGAGCUUUGUCACCGAAAAGACCUGGAUUUGACAAAAGUGGGAUAUCUUGACUCCAACACUAACAGCUGUACUGAUAGACCUUCCCUGCUCAACUCAGGUCCUUCUGACCUGGCUCCUCAUUCCUCCAUCGGAUCCACUUCAGAGACUGGUUUCCCAAGCAGGAGUGGAGAUGGACAUCAGACCCUCAUGAGAAACUCAGACCAGGCAUUUCGGACAGAGUUCAACUUAAUGUAUGCCUACUCCCCUUUGAAUGCUAUGCCUCGAGCAGAUGGAUUAUAUCGAGGGUCUCCCCUAGUGGGGGAUAGGAAGCCUUUACAUUUGGAUGGGGGCUAUUGUUCUCCUGCAGAAGGAUUUUCCAGCAGAUAUGAACAUGGCUUUAUAAAAGACCUCUGUCGUGGAUCCAUGUCACCUGGUGGUGAAAGGGCCUGUGAAGGAGUCCCAUCUGCCCCCCAGAACCCACCACAGAGGAAAAAGGUAUCCCUGCUGGAAUACCGAAAACGGAAACAAGAAGCCAAGGAAAAUUCUGCUGGUGGGGGAGGUGACUCUGCACAGAGCAAAAGCAAGUCUGCAGGAGCUGGGCAAGGCAGCAGUAACUCUGUUUCUGACACUGGUGCCCAUGGUGUGCAGGGAUCCUCAGCCCGAACCCCAUCUUCCCCUCACAAAAAAUUCUCCCCAUCUCAUUCCUCUCUGUCCCAUUUGGAGGCGGUAAGCCCAUCAGAUUCCAGAGGCACUUCUUCAUCUCACUGCAGACCUCAAGAGAAUAUCAGCAGUAGAUGGAUGGUUCCCACGUCAGUAGAACGACUCCGAGAAGGCGGGAGCAUCCCCAAGGUUCUCCGAAGCAGUGUGAGGGCAGCCCAAAAGGGAGAGCCCUCCCCCACAUGGGAGAGUAACAUCACAGAGAAAGACUCAGACCCUGCAGAUGGAGAAGGUCCAGAGACAUUGGGCUCAACACUCUCUAAAGGAGCAACUGUUUACAGCCCUUCCAGAUAUAGUUACCAGCUCCUGCAGUGUGAUAGUCCACGGACAGAAUCACAAAGCCUCCUUCAGCAGAGUUCCUCCCCCUUUAGAGGACAUCCCACUCAAUCUCCAGGAUACAGUUAUCGAACUACUGCACUGAGACCUGGAAAUCCCCCCUCUCACGGUUCUUCAGAAUCAUCCCUCUCUUCCACAUCCUAUUCCAGCCCCGCCCACCCUGUGUCCACAGACUCGUUGGCCCCAUUUGCGGGGACACCAGGGUAUUAUAGCAGCCAGCCACAUUCUGGAAACAGCACUGGCAGCAAUCUUCCAAGGAGGAGCUGCCCUUCUAGUGCUGCUAGCCCUACCCUGCAGGGACCCUCAGACUCGCCAACCUCAGACUCGGUUUCUCAGUCCAGCACAGGAACUCUGAGUUCCACCUCCUUUCCUCAGAACUCUAGGUCGUCAUUGCCAUCAGACUUACGGACUAUCAGUCUGCCCACUGCUGGGCAGUCAGCUGCCUACCAGGCCUCCAGGGUAUCUGCGGUUUCCAAUUCACAGCACUACCCACACCGUGGGAGUGGGAGUGUGCACCAGUACCGACUCCAGCCGUUGCAAGGGUCAGGAGUCAAGACUCAGACAGGACUUUCCUAGGGCUUCUGGAUUUGGGCAAACAGAACUGAAUGAGCCCAUAGCUGCUUCCUUCCAGCUGCCUCUGGAACCUAGGCCGAGCAUAUUGCUGGGGAAGGGGGGGUACACGGUGCCAGAGGAUUGGGUCUGGUGGACAAGAAAUAAGACUUGUGGUUGUGAUUGGCCUCUGGCCUUGGAGAAAGAUGUAAAUCUUGUCUGAAGCAGAGACUAUAAAGAAGUUUCUCCCUGCUGUGAAGGGUACAUUGUUGACAAGCAAAUGGUGUUUCGGUUAGUAAUGGUUCUAAGUGCAAUGAGUUGUGUUGAAGCCUCCGUCUCCCAUCCUUGCCUGUAGCCUGUAGUCACUUGUGCAGUGAGGACAUCUUUUUAAAUUUAAAAAAAAGAAAAGUUGUUUUUUUUUUUUUUUUCAAAGGAAAAAAUAAAAGAGCCAAUCUCAAAGCCCCAAGCCAUCUGAGUAAUGUUAGGGUUUUGUGCACUUAAGGAAAAAGGUAGGUAUGUAAGUCUUCACCCUAAGACAACCAUUCCAAAAGCAGGUAUAUGGCCAAGGUUUGUCCACCAAGAAUACGCCCUACUUUUGUCUUAAAAAAUCACCGAGAAAUAGGAAGGGAUAGUAAAGCUUGGAACAUGCUCUGACUGAGGGAUGCCUGGCUCUUUGAAGAAGAGCUCAUGGUCAGCUCUUGAUUAUUCAGGAGCAAGUUAGUUGAGUAGACUGUCUGAGCCCCCAGCUGUUACCAUCCCACUCCCCCUUCGCAAGCUAUUCCACAGCUCAGUGACCCAUGAAGUAAGUAGACAAAGAAAAGAGGAAUGAGAAGUGAGAUAGGCCAAUUGCAUUGCUAUUUAUCAGCCUUUGGCAAUAAAUUUGAUUUGGAAGGAUACCACGUGGUUUGGGAAUGCUUUGAAUUUUAUUGAUCUGCUCCCAAUUAAUCAGGGGUUGACGAUCCUAUUAGUAGGACCGCCUCCAUGAUUGGGGAGCAUGCACUCGUGACUGCAGGGUAAGAGUGGGAAGAUAGGUUUGUGGAGUGGCACCGACAGGACUGUGAUUGUGUGUGGGCCUGCCCCACGUUUCUUUAGGGGAUGCUUCUGUGAGAGUGGGCCCAGUGAGAGAGUUACCAAGCCACCCACACCCCUAACACUGUUCUGGAUGAAAGAUGAGAACAGACUGGCUUCUCCCCAUCAGUGCAUUGUGCCUGUUGUACACCCCUGGAGGAGCCCUGGAGCCAGCCCAGGUGGGGUACACAAUCUUUUUAAAUUCCAUACGGUUGCCAGCUUAUUUCUUUCACUUGUUUACUGUAAUAUCUGGCGUGUUUUUAUUUAUCUAAUUUUGUAUUCAGUUAUAACCAUGGUAGGGGUAGUGAAUAUACGACAGGUGUAAUCCCUGGUGCUGCAGUGGACCUUCUUUUCUUUUGGACAAGAUAAUACUGUGAGUCUCCCGCCUUCCCUCUAAUUUGUCUUCUCCUUUUUUUCCCUCUAGCCUCUUGCAUCCCCUUCUUUUCUACUCUGUCCUACAACUAUCAUAUGCACAGUCUUCUCUCUUUUGUGUGUGACUGUUACAAAAUUUCACUUUUCAAAAUGGAAAUCAGGUGUUUGCUCAAAUGAGGGGAGAUUUUUUUUUUUUUUAAUGCUGAGACCUCAGCAGAGUACUUUUCUUUUUGUUAUUUCCCCCACAAACCCAUCAGUCUGGGAGAGCGUUGGGAGUGGAAAUCAUGUUGCCUGGGAUGCUGGUUUCUUUGUAUAUUAUAUAAAACGUAUGUAAAUGUCUCUCCAUUUGGGCUGGGGUUUGCAUUCUCCUCUUGGCUGUUAACCAAGGGGAGAGGCCAGCAGGCAGGCGGCCCUCACCCUGCCUGGCACGUGCAGAGACCCCAGCCACUCUGUGUGGGCAGGGUGCUGUCAAGACCAGACCUCUGGGGGGGGGUGGGGGGGUGGGGGGAACUCUUGGAAGGAAAGAAGUAUCACUUCUUUCUCAAGUGGAGUGUUUACACCUUGCUGUAACAUUUGAACUUUCACAAGAGAUGUAAUAAUUUUGAUAAUAAAAUUCUUAACCAUAAUAAUCAUUAAGUUGAGAAA